GGUGCAGCGGAUGUUGACAGGCCCCGCUGCUCCGCCCUAGCCGUGGCUGCUGCUGCUGCUGCUGCUAUCACGUUUCCAGCCAACUGUCUCCACAUCUAGAACUUUCCUGUUAGUCCAGCAACACUGUACACAUCCGCCGCAAACCCAUGGCAACCGAACGCAGCUUCCCCGAUAGCUUCAUUGACGAGGAUCCACAGAAGGCUCUGGAGGCACUUAAUGAGGCCUUACAAGAAGACUCGGACAACGCUGAGUGGUUCUGCCAGCGUGCUUAUGCCCACAUCCUUCUGAAAAACUACAGCUGUGCUGCCGAUGAUGCCAAGAAAGCACAACAGCUAAAACCCACCCUUGCCCUUGCUUUAAUGCGAACAGGAAUAGCGGAGUACUACCUGAACCACUAUGACUCAGCACAUGCAGCCUUCACUCAGGGACACCAGCUGGACGUUUCUGACAAAUCAUAUGAGAUCUGGAUCAAGCGUUGUGAGGAGAUGAGGCAUGAUGAGACACAGAACAGCAGUGUAAACAGGCAGACACCAGUGGUUCCACCUGUGAAACAUGACUGGUACCAAACAGAAGCUCAAGUCAUUGUCACAGUCAUGGUGAAAAAUGUACCCAAGGAUGGUGUGUGUAUCAACUUCAUGGAAAAAGAGCUUGAUGCAAAGAUCCAGCUGGCAUCAGGGGAGAGCUACAGCUUGAACCUCCACCUCCUGCACCCCAUCGUCCCUCAACAGAGCAGCUUCAAGAUCCUCACCACCAAGGUGGAGAUCAAGAUGAAGAAGACAGAUGCCAUCAGAUGGGAGAAGCUGGAGGGAGAAGGACAGGAGUCCAACAUCAAACACUUCAAUCCUCAUCAGUACCCGUCAUCGUCCCACUACACCUGCAAAUGGGACAAGAUGGUGGUGGACAUCAGCGAGGAGGAGAAAAACGAGAACCUGGAGGGAGACGCUGCGCUCAACAAGCUCUUCCAGCAGAUCUACUCGGACGGCUCAGACGAGGUCAAGCGAGCCAUGAACAAGUCCUUUAUGGAGUCAGGUGGUACAGUCCUGAGCACCAACUGGAAAGAUGUGGGCAAGAGAAAAGUGGAAAUGAACCCACCAGAUGAUGUGGAGUUCAAGAAGUACUGAGCACCUUCCCCCACCUCCCCUCCCCUCCCCUCUCCUCUCCCCCUUUUGUUUAACAUCAUCUCUCUUCGCAGUUGUCCAUCUGAGCUCCGGCAGUAGUCCUUGUUGCUCUGCAGUCUCUGUGGCCGUCCACUCUCUCUCUCCCCCUCAAUUACAUUGUUGCUCUGGUGUUUUCACUCCGCCUUAGCACAGGGAGCCUCGGUGUUCCCACUGUCACUCAACCAAACCACACAUUGCCUACUCUCUCUGCAAUAGCUCACUACCAGAUGGAGUCAGUUAAUUUGAAUGAUCUGUUGAACGGAUUGAUUCCCAUUAUCUGAUUUUUCUUUUUAAAGGCCAAUGGACUCAAAAGGGACCUAAUGUCUGGAUUAAAAUGUGACUGACGGACCUGAAAUGCUCAAACUCAACCAUCAGAAUCUCCUUUACCUCUCUUAGUUUUCUCAAAACGCCCACAGCCUUUCUACUUAGGAGCCUUUAAUGACUCUUAUUAUCAGCACUUGUAUAGAAAUGUAAAAAACCAUAAGAACCAAAUGAGAUGUUUAAAUGAUAACUAUGAAUGCAUUUCUUGGCUAAUUCAGUUUUUGUUCUGCACACUCAGUAGAAAAUCAGCAGCAAUACCCUACAAACUGACUAGUCUGGAGACUGUGUGACGUGUCAGCCAGUGGCUCAGCACCGGUCGUUCCCUCAGUGUGAUUCCAGCUUCAGUGUAAAUAAAAGAUUUGUUGUUUGGCUCAAAAA